AUGUUUAAACCGACCUAUUUUGCACAUUUUCAAGGGUCAAAUUCAUUAUGUGGACCGGAAGUAGGUAAAAUUACGGAAUCAUUGGAGACGCCAGGUAAAGUGAUAUCAAUAAACCGAAGAGUUAGCUCCAUGAAUACUGCGUUUCAUGGCCACAAGACCGAUAAGAGCUUUAAAAAACUGGCUCGGACUUUCUCAUUGUGGAAUGAUCAAGAUUCUGAGAGCUGCGAACAAGACAGCUCAAUACGCAAAAAUAAAAUCAGAUCAAAACUACUUAAUUCUGCAAACAGAAUGUCGGGUAGGUUCACCAAUUCUUUAAAACUCCAUGAUAGGAAGUCACCUUUGCCAGGAGACCUGCAACUUUCUAUGCUGAGGGAUAGACCAUUCUCCAAGUCUGGAUACCUGACCGCGAAUCAUUAUGUUUCCAACCAACCAUCUAUGCAGGAUGAUUCACUGACAAGCGAAAAUAGAACAAUAUCAAGUGUGGGGAACAGAGUCAUACGCCUUAGCGAACUUCCGCCUAUGGCUUCCUUGAACAGUAUUCUCACUCAAGCGAUGGGAGGGCCGUUGGAGAGGGUAUACUUAACCCAUCCUUCGAUCCCCCAUCCGAUUACAGAAGAGGAUGUGACAAAUUCUAAUAUAUCAUGGAAUCAUUUGACUGUUCAACUGUUUUUCGCUUCCCCUGAGAACGCUCAUAAGUUUCUGAACUAUGGAUGCACUGGAAUGUUCACCAUAAAUGGAGUUCAUCCUCAGCUACAAUGGGCAAGUAGAGUACUACAGGAAACCACGUUGCUUCCCAUAAUCAAAGACCAUAUCGCAUCCAACUCUGCUAGAAGAAUUUUAAUCUUCAAGAACAAAACUGUCCAGACCAAAAAUAAAAGUUCAUCCCUCAUCAAAGGGUACCCUUCACCGACUAUCAACUAUUCUUUCGACUUCGAUAUCAGGAAGAUUAAGGAAAAUUUGUCAAAAUAUGGUAACAUUAUUGGCAUUGAUCCUGUUAUUUCGCAAAAAUUGUGCUUCUGCGUUCAUUUCUACGAUAUCCGCAGUGCCAUCAUUGUGAAACAUGAAAUCGAUAGGGCUGAUAGUGAACUAAGCGUCGAAUAUGAGGACUGGAAUGUAUGGUAUGCAAAAGACCCUACUGACACGCCAUAUCCAGAACUUUAA